AUGGGGCACUUGGUCUAUUGCUUGGAAGAAAACGGUAAACGUGUGGCACCCAUGCAUGCAUGGUCAGGAAGCGCAAUCUUAUACACUGAGAGGAAUCCUUUUACUACUACUUCUUCACCCAGAACGUUAUCAAAGACGACAAUAUCUAAGUACUUUUAUAUGCCUAUAACACAAGCAGCCAGGGAACUUAACGUGGGCGUGACACUUUUGAAGAAAAGGUGUAGGGAGUUGGGAAUUCGAAGGUGGCCCCAUAGAAAGUUGAUGAGCCUCCAAACUCUGAUAAAUAAUGUACAGGAGCUAGGGAAAGAGGAUGGGCAUGAUAGUGAAGAGAAGUUAAGGAAUGCGAUUGAGAUAUUGGAGAAGGAAAAGAAGCUUAUGGAGGAAAUGCCAGAUAUUGAACUUGAAGAUAAUACAAAAAGGCUUAGACAAGCUUGUUUCAAGGCCAACUACAAGAAGAGGAAGCUCAAAGGGCAGAGGGAAACACAAGAGUGUUCUUCUUUCAGUGGCCGUGGUAGAACUAUUGACACAAGUUAUGAUUAUGAUGAAGCACAAGACAUCAAAUCUCUAUUGCCUGUCCCUCAAUUAACAUAA